CUUUUAUUGAAAUGCUUGACGUUUUCUUCUUUCAUUGUACCGAUUCUAUUAAAAAAAGAUUAAUUAGGAUGAUAUCAAGAAAAUGUCAAUGCUAGGAAGCACAAUAUUGAAGAUGAACCCAAAACCUACAUUUCAUGAUUUCAAGAAACAAGUUUCGUUUAUACUCAAGGAGAAGAUCAAAACUGCCCGUUUAGCCCUCACCGAUGUCACACCAGCCCAGUUAUUGGCUGAGGAAGCUACCAACGGGGAUCCGGGCGGGCCGGAUACCCGAGCACUUAAGAUGAUAUCGAAAGCGGCUUUUGAAGUGGAUGAUUAUUGGAGAAUCGUUGAAAUUCUGCAUAAAAGAUUGGUAAGAUUUGAUAAGAGAAAUUGGAGGGCUUCUUACAAAGCUUUGACUGUAGUAGAAUACUUGUUGACUCAUGGGCCGGAGAGUGUUGCACAAGAGUUUCAAAAGGAAAGAGUUGUUAUUACAGAAAUAGGACGCUUUCAACAUGUUGAUGAAAAGGGAUUUAAUUGGGGUUUGAAUGUGAGGAGGAAAUGCGAUAGAAUAUUGAGGUUGCUUGAAAAAGGGCCCCUUCUGAAAGAGGAGAGAGACAAGGCUAGAAAGAUAUCAAGAGGGAUUGAAGGAUUUGGUAGCUUCUGCAUUAGAACUUCAUCAACUCAUCAAGAAUCAUCAUCAUCAUCAAAAACAUUUGAAAGAUGCAAUUCUCAGUUCAAUAAUGGAGAUGUUUCCACACUCACCUCAACUGAGAGCGACCUUGUUAACACAAGGCAAGACGAUCCAUCUACGAGUUCGUUAACUGAAUCAUAUGAUAACCAAAAUAUUACUUUUGGGGAGACGUCUAAGCUCAUGUUAAAUGAACAGAGGAGCGAGUUGUCUGCGGUAUAUACAAAACAUCAUCCAUUCGAUGAAACAGAACACCUAACGUCUCAGUCACUGCUUUCAUUAAAAUGUCAAAUCUAAUUAAGAUGAUUUAAUUGGUGGAGUGGUUGUACUUGUGCCAUGAUAAUUUUAUCAUUGUUGAGUUUAAUAAAUGUCUUCGUGAUCGAUCUACCAGAGGACAUGUUUUCUAUGCAAGAUUGUGUUUCUAGGCAUGGUGAACACAUGACAAUACUUGUAUCUCUUCAUGUAUAAAAUUUUAAAUUUCUUCCAUUGCCUUUCCCUUGAUCUUAACCAAUUUAUAGGUAGACUUUAUUAAACAAUGGUAUAUAUUUGUACUAUUGCAUAAAUUUGGAAGAGAUCUUGGCUACCUUGCUUUGGGACAAGGCUUCAUCAAGCAGUGGAGAAACUUAGACACCGUGUUCCACAUAGCCAAGCUACUCAAAUCUCGGUUCAAAAAGAGCUCAUUUACUUGAACUAACACAGUUCUGCAUGAUUUUCGUCAUGCAUUUCUCUGAGUUCUAAACUAUAUGCUUCAUUCCAGCCAUUUACAACAUACAGGAGAGUAAGAUCUUGCAGGUACUGCAAGAAUUGUGUUAUUAGAUUUGACCAUCAUUGUCCAGCUUUUGGAAACUGUAUAGGUAAUUGCGUCGUUCUUGAUCGAUUAACUUUUUUUCUUGAAGAUAAUAUUGUUUUUGAAGUGUUUAUAGUUAAACGUUUCAUAUCAUUAUUCAUUUGAUGCUCGCUAUGCGCAGGUCAAUGAAAUCGUGCUCUUUUUAUAAUGCUCAUUGUUUAGGAGAAUCUCAACUCUAUGCAAAUGAUAGUUUUAAUCUUAUUUGUCCAUUUCCCUCUUCAUUUUCUUUUGAAACUAAUCUUAAGUUUUUUUUUUCUUUUAGCCUCUGGACUACAGUUACAGCUAAGUCUAACACCUCAAAAGAUGUUAGAGGGAAUAUUGAUAAAACUUGCAAAGAAUGGACACAUGCAUGAGGCGCUUUGCAUUGUUAGUAUUCUUGAAAAAUUAUGAUGCCCGGGAAAGGCCACGUUCGAAUGGGUUUUGAUUUUAUACAGCAUUCCAAAAACUGAAGGCAAGAUGAUCUACGAUGUGCUGAAGUGGUUUGCAGUUGGUAUUAUUGUUGAAAGAUAGGAGUAUUAUUCAUUCAACUUGUUCAAAGAAUUACAAUAGAUAAAUUGGAAAAGGUAUCCAGAAUUCCAGAGUAAAGUUGAGACCCCAUGAUGGUAGAGUUACUGCAACUUUUUUUUUCCAUCUCUUUCUCUUGUUAAAAGCAGAUAUGCUGUAGUUGAACAGAGCUUAGUUCACCAUUUGCAAGUUCAUAGUCAUGUUAUUAUAUAGUACAGGCCAGCCCCAGCCCGAGCCCGGUGUACAAUUCAUUAACCCUUAUGACAAAGGCAUUUUAAGAAAUGUGAAGGAGUUAUUUGCAGCAAAUGGAUAGCUUGCUUGCAAACUGUGAUCAUCAUCAUCAUCAAAAGCUCUUCGCAUCUUUUAUGUAAAGCAUAAAGCUAAAACGGAAAGCACGUCCCACUUGUUAUCUAGACCGAGGAAACGUAAGAUGCUCAUACCCGAAUCUGACAAGGGGGGUCCGAUGUUGUUGAGCCCGACGUUGUUGGACGGACUCGAGGCCGACAGUCGGAUUCAAUCUGGACAACAAAAAGUGAGUUAUGGAUGGAAUCAAAGGUGUUAAAUGCUUCCAAACAACACACACUUUUGAAGCCCCUUUGAAUGAAUUGACAUUUAUUGAAUCUUCAAGAAGUUUGUUUUUUUCCUAUUAUUUCCUGCACAGAUAAGCCCAAUUUGCAACAUGGCAAGCGUCAAUAUGUGGAACAGCUUGAUUUGCUUCUAGUGUUCCAAAUCGCAACAGCAGCAAGUUUUCAAGACAAGUGUAUUUGGAAGAUAUUUUUCUUCAAUAUUAUAGUAGUAGUAGUUCAUUUCCUAAAUUGUGUCAUUUUACAAAAGUACACAAAAUAUGUUCAAGAAAUACAAAUAAGCCUCAAGUGAGAUUUUAAA